UGCAUUGUGUCAAAGCUAGUUUGUCUUGAAUUUGUGUGCCUAGUUUUUGUGAAAAAGUAAAUUUAGGAUUUUUUCGUGUCGAGAUUAUUCACGAGUUGCGGAUUUUCUUAGUGUGAAAAUCAUAUCAGGAAGCGUAUAUUCUCAGAGCGAUCGUUGUUUGAAACAAUACUUGUGACAGUCUGUGUUUGAGAAAACCAAAGUGUUUGUUGUUGCUGCGUGUACGUUUUGGCAUGCAUAAAUAAAGAUGGAUGUGUACCAUGGCUACCCGACAUAUCAGUAUAAUCAGGCUGAUGAAAUAGCGAAACAGAUGUAUGGACACCAGGGUCUGCCGGGGCUUCCACCUCAAGUUUCCUGUCCUCGGAUCUCGGAACCUCACAACAUGCCUGCACCUACAGGAUCACCUUGGACCGGUCAGAGUCUUCCCUGGAGCUUGCAAUCACCACCUCAACUAGUCCAGUUCACAGCACAAAGUGAGCCAAAAAUAACAUCAGUUCCACAUUGUAAAAGAAAAAGUUUGGAUGUCGAACCACCAAUACCUGCAAAACAAUUUAUUACUGAGGAAAAAAUGGCAGCCCACUUCAAUAGUCUUCACAUUUCCUCCAAUUAUACUCAACAUUCACUCUCUAACAAUGAUGAUGUGAUGGAGGUAGCUAUGGAACCAAUUUCUUCACAAAACAUCAGUGAGAAACUUAAAGGACAUAGAAUUGUGCUGUCUGAAGAUGUCAAGAAAAUAACAGAAGAGCCCAUCAUACCACCGACACUUAUGGAAAGGUUACAAAAACCACAAAUGUCUCUAGUUGUAUGGAAACCCAGAGACGACAUACUCUCACCGAUCAAAGAAGUGAAAGAUAAUAACAAUGAAGCCGAAGAGGAAUCUCCAAAACGCAGAGGUGUCCUCGUCCCACCAGACAACAACACUAUGGAUAUUGAAAUUUAACAAUGUAAAUUAUAUAUUUUCUAAAGUACAACAAUUUUGUAAUUUAUCAACAGUCUAGCUUCAUAUAAAUUGUGCUUGCCAUUAUAUCAUUUUCAUUCUACUAACUGCCAUUUCCGACUGUUAAAAGUGUUAAUUGAUUUUGCUUGUGACUUAAUAUUAUAGAUAUAGAGAUUAAAAAAUGUCCAUGUAUUCUAGAGUCUAAAAUAGUGUCAUCUCAUAUUACAUUGCACAAGUAAAUAAUAUAAUUUAGUAUAGAAUUAAAAUAAUAAAUUGUCUAAAAUGUUACAAGUAAAUUACUUAUUGUUGUCUUUAGAUAAUAUUUUGUAAAUAUAGACUGAAUUUCAAAUUUGUACCUUUGUAUGCAUAAUAAUAAUAUUAGUAAGUUAUCUUUAAAUAGUUUUAUCCUAAAACUGCCUGAGUUAAAUACUGCUUUACUAAGUUUUAAUUCAUAACAAGUUUUAGUUAUUAAGUGAAUUCGGUAGUGCAAUCUUAUAGUGAUAUAUAAAAUUGAGAGCUUAACAUUUCUUUUAUGUAUCAAAGUGGUAUAAAAGCUAUCCAAUCUAAGCCAUGUUCUAAAUUCUAUUUAGAGUAAGUGGGUCUGCUAAAUCACAAGCUGUAUUUGUUUGGCAACUCCAGCAUUAGAAUUGAGAGCCAUUGAUUAUGGUACAGCCUGGUCAUGAAAUUCAGUCAACACUCUGAUUUAAUAUGUUAUGUCGAUAUAUAAGGCUAUCUUGUUUCUACAAAGACGCGAAAGCGAUAUUUUCGUGUGUGAAUGAGAGACGAGUUUGGUGACCGCGCUAUAUCUUUUGCGUAUGUUAGAUUCUCAAUAACAAUUUUUAUUUGUUUUGCUGUAAAUAUCUGUGUCAUAAAUGGAUGAUUAAUCAACACUGUUUUUAAACAAUA